GUUCGCGGGGGGUCAACCAAGCCGAGUCACCAUUUAGCAACACAAAUUGGAGUGUUCCGAAAUGGAGUCGGAGGAUCCGAAACUCUCAGAAGAGGCGAUUCAGCUUCCGAUCGAGCAGCCGCCUUCGUUAUCGGAGCGUUUAUUGAUCCCUUCUCUUCUCGCAGGAGUAACAGGGGGAGGAGUUGGUUUACUGUCAAAACGUAGGAAAGCUCAUCCCAAUAUACCAGCUACAUAUGCUACUAAUUCUGCCAUCGUUGCUGCUUGCUAUUGCGGGGUUCGUGAAUUGGUUAAAAUAACUAGAAAAUCACAAGACGACGAUUUAAUGAAUUCAGCCAUCGGUGGUCUUUUCAGUGGUGCUUUAUUAGGACGACUUCAAGGAGGACCUCGUGGUGCAUUUCGAUACUCUAUAGCUUUUGCUACGGUUGGCACAGCAUUUGAUUAUGCUAGCCUUAGAUCAAAACCUUUUUUAGAGAGGGUGCGCAACAUGGAUUCAAUCACGUUACCUGUGUGGUUUCCUAUACAAAUUCUCAACGAAGAAGCCCUUGCUAAAAAGAAAGCUGAGGAACAGAAACUCUUCCCAAGAUUGAACAAAGAAGAAUCUUGACAUCUGAUAAAAUCAGUUUAAAAACUGGGUUUGUUUAUUUCGUCGACGUAAUUCCGGUUUUUCUAGAUGGCUUUGAAGAGAAACCUUGACAUUUUUGUUUCUUAUUUGUUACACUAUAAGAGUAGUUGUUUGUUGGCCUACAAACUGUUAACUUCUCGGAUUGCUUUUGUUGGUUUGUGGUUCUUGAAUUUAGGGUAGCUAUAGUCAAUAAAUGUGGUUAUGUUGGGUU